UGUGGAGUGGGGGGAGUGGAGGUGGGGGGAAGGAUGGCAAAAAUAAUAAGGAAUCGUGCAGAAAUCAGCAUAGCUGGCCAGCUCCUCCAUUCAGUCAACUUAAUGGCUUCGGACACUUGUUUACAUCCACGGGAUUUGCCCGCCUUUUGGAUUGACUUCCUGUCUCGAGGACGGUAAAAGACGUUCAUUGGAAUACAUCGUAAAUACCCGUCAGCCACGCCACACAUGAGGGGACACGCAUUGCGCCCCUCCGCGGUGCGGCUGUGACUCGGUGGCCGCAGACAGGCCGAUGCUGCGCGGCCAGGGCAUGCUGAAGAGCCGCUGCUGCGUCCUGCUUGGUGACCUGAGGCUGCUCCUGCUCGGGCCACCGGCGCCGCCUCCGCCUCCGCCGCCGCCUCCGCUCACCCCCAUGAGCGGCCACGCCGCGCAGAGCCGCGAGCCGGGCGUCGCCGAGCAGCGAGGAACCCCGCCCGGGGCGGCCGCCACCGUCGGCGCCGGGCCGGCGGAGCGAGCGGUGCCGGGUUGGGUGGACGCUACGGAGCUGUCGGCGGCGUUGCGCGGCUGCAGCAGCUCCUCCGAUGACUGCUCGAAGGGCAAACUGGAGGAGAGGUUCUCCCUCACCAGCUACACGGAAAGCGGUUUCAGGACGCCCGUGUGCAGGAUCUGUUUCCAGGGACCCGAGCACGGGGAGCUUCUGAGCCCAUGUCGGUGCAGUGGCUCGGUUCGCUGCACCCACCAGCCCUGCCUCAUCAAGUGGAUCAGUGAGAGAGGAUCCUGGGCCUGUGAGCUCUGCUAUUACAAGUACCAGGUCAUAGCUAUAAGCACAAAGAACCCCUUACAGUGGCAGGCCAUCUCGCUCACCGUGAUCGAGAAGGUGCAGAUCGCAGCGGCCAUCUUGGGCUCUCUCUUCCUGAUGGCCAGCAUCUCCUGGUUGGUGUGGUCCUCGUUCAGCCCGUCGGCACGCUGGCAGCGGCAAGACCUGCUGUUCCAGAUCUGCUACGGCAUGUACGGCUUCAUGGACGUCGUCUGCAUAGCGCUCAUCGUCCACGAGGGACCUUCCGUGUUCCGCAUCUUCCACCGAUGGCAGGCUGUGAACCAGCAGUGGAAGGUCCUCAACUAUGACAAGUCCAUGGACAACGUUGACCUGAAGGACGUGGCGGUGGACAGGACUCAUCAGAGCAACCAGGCAUACCAGACUGGACUCGGAGUCUCCACGUCCACAUCCUCGCUAAUGGUGGUCGCUUCCACGGCUGCCGGUUCCACGCCGGCGACCGUAGUGGCGGCCGGCGGAGGACUCGGGAUGCAGCACUUGAACCCGGAUGGAGGAGGCGCGGGGGGCGACCCGCACUGCCCGUAUAAUAUACUGCACCUCCUCAGCCACCUGAGGCCGUCGGAGCCCCGCGGUCAAGCCAGCAGCAACACACGAGAGCUGGUCAUGAGAGUCACAACCGUAUGAGGAGUCAGAUGUGGCCUUAUCUCUCAUAU